AUGCACGGUAGUCUCAUGAAGAGAGGAGGGGACAUGGGCGGGGCCCAGGCGCCUCUCGUUUCCCCUCCACGCUUAGCGGGGCAGCAGGGCUGGAAAUACCUCCCGGGAGCACAGUCGCCAGUCCAGCACGGAGACCCGCCUGGCCAAAAGAACGCGCCUCACACUUACCAGGAUUGCCAAAAAUUCCUGAAAAAUAUACCUGCUAUUUAUGGCAUGUGGCUUGUAACUUUACUCCUGCUGUACUCUCUCCAAGAAGUACACAGUGAGGAUGUGGGCUCUACCAGGCUGUACUUUGUAAAUGCCUCCCUGCAGAGGGUAACCUACUCCAGCUCAGUGGGGGUGUCCCUGCCCUGUCCUGCAGGGGGCACCCCCAGCGCCAUACUGCGCUGGUACCUGGCCACUGGCGAUGACAUCUACGACGUGCCCCACAUCCGCCAUGUGCACGCCAACGGCACCCUCCAGCUGUACCCGUUCUCGCCCUCCGCGUACAACAGCUACAUCCACGACAACGACUACUUCUGCACCGCCGAGAACCAGGCGGGCAAGAUCCGCAGCCCGAACAUCCGCAUCAAAGCUGUUUUCAGGGAACCCUACACUGUGCGGGUGGCGGACCAGCGCUCAAUGCGGGGCAACGUAGCAGUGUUCAAGUGCCUCAUUCCUGCUGCCGUGCAGGAGUAUGUCAGUGUUGUGUCCUGGGAAAGAGACACUGUUUCCAUUGUUCCAGGUAACAGGUUCUCCCUGACCUCCUUUGGAGCUCUUUACAUCUCUGAUGUUCAGAAAGAGGACGCCCUCUCCACAUACCGCUGCAUCACCAAGCAUAAGUACAGUGGUGAGACGCGACAAAGCAACGGAGCCAGGCUGUCAGUAAUGGACCCGAGUGAGUCCUCGCCCACCAUCUUGGACAGUUUCCAAGCUGGGGAGGUGUACGCCGGCCAGAGCAUCGAGCUCCCCUGCAUAGCGGGCGGCUACCCGAGCCCCACCGUGCGCUGGCUGAAAGAUGGUCGGCCGCUGCCCUCAGACGCCCGCUGGACCCGGCGCUUGACUGGGCUGACCAUCAGCGACCUGAGGCAGGAGGACAGCGGCAGCUACGCCUGCGAGGUCACCAACAGUUUUGGCUCAAAGGAGGUGUCUGGACAGCUUCACGUAAUAGAUCCACUGCGAGUGACGCUGUCUCCCAAGAACCUGAAAACAGGCAUCAGCAGCACCCUGUUCUUCACCUGCACUGUGGAGGGUUCUCCAGAAUACACCAUCAGCUGGUACAGGAACACUGAGCCUAUUGUUCCCGACCAGCACAUUUCCAUACAGGGACAACACAACGACACGCUGCAGAUCACUGCAGCUCAGAAGUUCCACUCCGGAGCCUACCAAUGCUUUGCUUCCCGAAAGGGCCACACAGCUCAGGACUUUUCCAUUAUUCUCUUAGAGGACGGUACUCCUCGUAUUGUGUCUUCCUUCAGCGAGCGGGUGGUGAACCCCGGCGAGCCUUUCUCCCUCAUGUGUGCUGCCAAAGGAGCCCCACCGCCCUCUAUCACCUGGACUCUGGACGAUGAGCCCGUGGUGCGAGAUUCUACCUACAAGACCAGCCAGUACACCCUGUCCGACGGCCUGACCGUGUCUCAUGUCAACGUCAGCAGUCCACUCAUUCGAGACGGGGGAGUGUAUCGUUGCGUCGCACGAAACUCGGCCGGUAGCGCCGAGUACCAAGCGCGCAUAAACGUAAGAGGUCCGCCUCGAAUUAGACCCAUGCGAGAUAUCACAGCGGUGGCAGGCAGAAACACAUAUAUAACAUGCCGCGUGAUUGGCUACCCGUACUACUCGAUCAAGUGGCUGAAGGACAGCAUGCAGCUGCCUGAUAAUCAUCGUCAAGUGGUGUUUGAGAAUGGCACCCUGAGGCUUACGGACGUGCAGAAGGGCGCCGACGAAGGGACCUACUUGUGUAGCGUUCUGAUCCAGCCCCAAGUGUCAAUCAACCAGACGGUCCAUGUAACGGUUAAAGUGCCGCCGCUCAUCCAGCCCUUUGACAUCCCCUCUACCUCAGUGGGGAAGCUCAUGUACAUCGCCUGCGUGGUGUCGUCCGGGGACAUGCCCAUACGCAUCACCUGGCACAAAGACGGGCAACUCAUAGUGCCAGGCUCUGCCUCUGGCGUCGCAAUCGAGACCAAAGAGUUCAUGAGUUCCCUGCAGAUCUCCAAGGUGACACUGAAGCACAACGGGAACUACACCUGCAUCGCCAGCAACGCUGCAGCCACCGUCAGCUGGGAGAGACAGCUGAUUGUCACUGUGCCGCCACGUUUUGUGGUUCAGCCCAACAACCAGGACUGCAUUUAUGGAAAAGCCGGCGUUCUGAAUUGCUCGGUGGAGGGUUAUCCACCUCCAAAAGUCAUGUGGAAACAUGCCAAAGGUGUUGGAAACCCACAGCAGUACCACCCCGUCCCGCUCACCGGUCGCAUCCAGAUCAUGUCGAACGGCUCCCUGCUUAUCCGGCAUGUCCUUGAGGACGACAGAGGGUACUACCUCUGUCAGGCCUCCAAUGGCGUUGGCUCAGACAUCAGUAAAAGCAUGAUCCUCACUGUCAAGAUUCCCGCCAUGAUCACCAGCCACCCCAACACCACCAUGGCGAGGAAGGGCCAGACCAAGGAGCUGAACUGCACAGCACGGGGCGAGCAGCCCAUUAUUAUCCGCUGGGAGAGAGGAGACACGGUCAUUGAUGCAGAGAGAAACCCCCGGUACUCCAUCACCAUCAACAAGAAGGGAGAUGAAGUCAUCUCCACCCUGAAGCUGAACCCAGCCGAGCGAGGAGAUUCAGUCUUCUUCUCCUGCCACGCUAUCAACUCCUAUGGGGAGGGCCGAGGGCUCAUCCAACUCACAGUGCAAGAACCACCGGAUCCUCCUGAGCUGGAAGUGAGGGAGGUGAAGGACAGAAGCAUGAACCUGCGCUGGAUCCAAAGGUUUGACGGCAACAGCAUCAUCACCAGCUAUGAUAUUGAGUACAAGAAUAAAUCAGACUCUUGGGAUCACAUGUACACAACCAGGAACAUCUCCCCUACAAACAAUCAAGCCAACAUUGUGGAAUUGCAUCCGGCUUGCGUUUACAGCAUCCGCAUGUAUUCCUAUAACAAAAUUGGACGCAGCCUCCCUAGCAAAGAGCUCACUAUCAGCACUGAGGAAGCGCCGCCUGAUGGGCCCCCGAUGGAUGUUGUCCUCCAACCGAUGACGUCUCAGAGCAUUCGAGUCACGUGGAGGGCUCCCAAGAAGGAACUGCAGAAUGGGGUUAUCCGAGGCUAUCAGAUCGGCUACAGGGAGAACGGGCCUGGCAGCAACGGCCAGUACAGCAUCGUGGAGAUGAAAGCAACGGGGGACAGCGAGGUGUACACCUUGGACAACCUGAAGAAGUUUGCUCAGUACGGCGUGGUCGUCCAGGCUUUCAACAGAGCUGGAACUGGACCGUCCAGCACCGAGAUCAACGCCACCACACUGGAAGACGUGCCGAGCGAGCCCCCACAGAACGUGAGAGCAAUCUCGGUGACGUCGGAUGAGGCGGUGAUCACGUGGUCGGAGCCUCCGCGCAUGACGCUGCACGGCGUGCUGAAAGGCUACCGGGUUGUGUUCUGGUCCCUCUUCCCCGACGGAGGUGGGUGCUGUGGGGGCCGGGCCCAGUGGCCGAUGCAGAAAUGGGGAGAGAUGCAGAACAUCACCACCACACGCGAACAGGUGGAGCUGCGAGGGCUGGAGAAGUUCACCAACUACAGCGUUCAGGUUCUGGCCUACACGCAGGCCGGCGACGGAGUCCGCAGCAACGUCCUGUACAUCCAAACGCGCGAGGACCUUCCCGGCCCACCAGCCGGCAUCAAGGCAGUUCCUUCCUCUCCGAGCAGCGUGGUCGUGUCCUGGUUACCACCACUCAAACCAAAUGGUGUUAUCCGCAAGUACACCAUUUACUGCUCCAGUCCAGGAUCUGGGCAGCCGGCGCCCAGUGAGUACGAGGCCAACCCCGAGAUGCUCUUUUACCGUAUCACGCACCUCAGCCGCGGCAAACAGUACCACAUCUGGGCCGCGGCCGUGACGACCGCCGGCCGCGGCAACAUCAGCUCAAAGGUCACAGUGGAGCCUGCUGGGAAAGUCCCGGCAAAAAUCCUCUCCUUCGGGGGCACGGUGACCACGCCCUGGAUGAAGGAAGUCCGUCUGCCCUGCAGCUCGGUCGGCGAGCCCGCCCCCACCAUUAAAUGGACCAAAGACAGCGAGGAUUCUGCCGUCCCAGUGACGGCCGAUGGUCAGCGGCAGAUCUUGUCCAACGGCACGCUUGUGCUACGUUCGGUAAAAGCCGAGGAUUCUGGGUACUACACCUGCACGGCGACCAACACCCUGGGCUUUGACACCAUCAUUGUGAAUCUGGUGGUGCAAGUUCCUCCUGACCAGCCUCGUCUGACUGUCUCCACCACCUCCACCUCCUCCAUCACCCUGGCUUGGAUUCCAGGGGACAAUGGAGGAAGCUCCAUCAGAGGAUUUGUGCUGCAGUAUUCUGUGGACAACACAGAGGAGUGGAGGGAUGUGUUCAUCAGCUCCAGCGAGCGCUCCUUCAGGCUGGACAAUCUGCGCUGCGGAACAUGGUACAAAGUCAAGCUGGCGGCCAAGAACAGCGUCGGCUCGGGUCGCAUCAGCGAGAUCAUCGAGGCCAAGACGCACGGAAGAGAGCCGGUGUUCAACAAGGACCAGCCGCUGCUCACCCACAUCAACUCCACCCACGCGGGACUCAACUUGCAGGGCUGGACCAGUGGCGGCUGCCCCAUCACUGACCUAAUGCUGGACUUCAGGCCUAAAGGCACCUGGGCCUGGCAGAGCCUUAAGGCCAACUCCACCAAUCAGCUGUUCCUCAGCGAGCUGCACGAGGCCACAUGGUACGAGCUCAAAAUGAAGGCCUGCAACAGCGCUGGCUGUGGAAACCAGACCUCCCAGUUUGCUACCACCGACUAUGACGGCAGUACGAUCCCCCCCAUCAAAUCUGCCCGUGGAGAGGGGGACGACGUGAAAAAACUGUUCUCUAUCGGCUCUCCUGUCAUCCUGGUCACUCUGGGCGUGGCUUUGCUCUUCAUCAUCCGUAAGAAGCGCAAAGAGAAGAGGCUCAAGCGGCUCAGGGAUGCUAAGAGCCUGGCUGAGAUGCUGAUCAGCAAGAACAAUCGCAGCAUAGACACGCCGGUGAAGGGCCCUCCGCAAGGGCCGAGGCUCCACAUCGACAUUCCCCGAGUUCAGCUGCUCAUCGAGGACAAGGAAGGCAUCAAACAGAUAGGAGAGGACAAGGCGGCGGUGCCGGUAACAGACACCGAGUUCAGCCAGUCGGUGAAUCCCCAGAACUUCUGCACAGGCGUGUCCCUGCACCACCAGGCCCUGAUCCAGAAUUCAGGACCUCUGAUUGACAUGUCAGACAUCCGCCCUGGCACAAACCCUGUGUCCAGGAAGAGCAUAAAGUCCGCUCACAGCUCCAGGAACAGAUACUCCAGCCAGUGGACGCUGAGUCGACCGAGUCAGUCCACAGCUUCGGCGCGGACUCUGACGUCUGACUGGCGAACGAUGGGCUCCCACGGCAUCACCGCCACCGAGAGCGACAGCUACAGCGCCAGCCUCUCUCAAGACACGGAUAAGGGUCGUAACAGCAUGGUGUCGACGGAGAGCGCCUCCUCCACCUACGAGGAGCUGGCCCGAGCGUACGAGCACGCCAAGCUGGAGGAGCACCUGCAGCACGCCAAGUUCACCAUCACAGAGUGCUUCAUCUCCGACAGCUCGUCGGACCAGAUGACCACCGGUACCAACGACCCCGCGGACAGCAUGACCUCCCUCAGCACGCCGUCCGAGCCGGGCAUCUGCCGCUUCACCGCCUCGCCGCCCAAGCCUCAGGACUACGACCGCGGGAAGAACGUGGCGGUGCCCAUUCCCCACCGGGCAAACAAAAGCGAGUUCUGCAAUCUACCCCUUUACAUGAAGGCAGACCCAUUCUUCCGCAAGCAAGGGGACUCUCUGCAUGACCCGUGUCCAGCCGUGCCGCCAAGGGAAGCCUCGAUCCGCAGCCUGACGCAGCGGGCGUACCACACCCAGGGCCGCCACAAGACUCUAGACCCGGCCAAGCAGCAGGCCCUGACGCUGGGUCACUCCGGCCUGGGCAGCCUGGGCGCGAGCUCCAGCACCUCCACCUUGCCCCAGAGGACUCUCACCAUGCCCAGCUCCAACAACGCAGCAACGGCCUCCACGUCCAGCACGAGCAGCAACCCCACCAACAGCAACAAGGUGGGCGGCUCCAGAGACUCGCUGCUCGAGAGCAGCUCCUCGGCCCUGGGGAGGCUGCAGAAGCAGAGCGUGGGGGCCUACUCCAAGUCCUACACGCUGGUGUAGUCCGGUCUACCGCGCAGACUCACACUGCUGCCCCGCUCCGCAGCCAGCACCACUCUGGCCCGCAUAAGUCUGGGCCACAACAGGCUUGCGGGCAUCUUUCUGAAAGCCAAGCUCAUGGCGAACCGCCCGGCUUCCUGUCUACUUUUCCUUCAAGGGGGGCGGAGGCGUUGGAGGCGUCCCACCCGUCUAGACAGAGACCCGGCUAACCCUACUGUUCAUGUUCAGAUGGAACUAAAUACACGAGAACUACUAACUCCAACUAACAGUUCCAGCCGGCUGGUGCUCAGCUCCACUCAGUUCCUGCAGGAGACACACAGCCAAAUGCAGAAUGUGAUUUCUGUGGUCAUUUUUGCAAAUAUUGACUGUAACCAAAGAGCUGAAGGCUCUGAGUUCAUGAAAACUAUAAUAGCCAGUAUGAAGCUGUGCGACCAUCUUGUUUUGUCACACACACACACACACGCCCACGCAAACACAAUGUCCUUCACAGUUUUUGAUUUGACUUAUUUUGGGGUUUUUUAUCAGUUUGCUGGACUUCAGCUAAAGUCCCCUGUUUUCCCACGCUCCCUCUCACUCUCUUGGUGUCUCUCCCUAAUAAGAAUUGGCAGAUUUCCCUUUUUUAAUUGCGACUCCAAAAGGUAACAAUUCAGAUUCACCUCCACAAAUCAGUAUUCUCCACUCAUCUCUCUGCAGCUGAACGGUGUCUCAACUCUUCAGUCCAGUCACUACAACCCCGGUGAAGCAGCUGUAAUUUCUCACCUUACAAAUAGAGAAUAUUUGGUAUUAUAAAGAAUUUUACAUAUAUAUUUCUAUGUAGGUAUAUUAUUGACAUCUAAGGGAAAUGAUGACAAAGUAUAAACUGUAUGCGCUACACCGACGUGAUAGUUAUAUACAGCGGUUUAAUGUUGCCGGCAAAUUUUAAGAAAGGAGACAAUCGCUCAAUCAUUGAAUUUAGUAGUAGAGAAAAUGUAAGAAAAGUUGGACUUAAGAAAGAAAAUGUUUAGUAUAUAUGUGAGAUAUUCUGUAUGUUAGUGCGUGCUGGCCAGCUAAGAAGGAAGAGUGACCCUAAGCAUGAUUGGAAGAUUGCACCGUCCCUGGGCUGUGACGCCUCGGUUGUUUGGGGGGGGGGAACAAUCACAAUACCAGGCCUUCAAUGAUGUCUUCUUCUAUUGCUUGUGACUAGCCUGAGUGUUCGAUUUAGGUUGAUGUGCUGAGAUUCAUAAGUUACAGUGUCUUGUAAAAGCUGUUUCGCCUCUUUUCCACAUCACAGCCGCUGACGUCAAUGUAUUUUAUUGGGAUAUGAUGUGACAAAGCAACAUAAAGUAGAGUUAAAUUGGUGGUGGAUGUGAAAUAACGUGAUUAUCAAUAGGUUUUACAUGAAACAAAUCUAAAAAUAUAUAUAUCUAUCAAGAGGGAUGCAUUCUUUAGCAAGGCACUGUAUAUUGUUCUCUCAGUGGAUCCCAAAACACCUUUAUGCAGUUUGCUGCAAAGUGGUUAGAGACUUGGGUUGUUCUCCGGUUUUAAGGCCUGUGUUUGUGGCUAGACGGCAAAUCCUCCCAAGAUGUAGUUAUUUUGCUUCUCAGCCAAAUAAAUAAGCUGAAGUGAAUGCCAGUCAUAAUGUGAAUGAAGUAUUAAUAAUAUUACUGUCAAGAGAUGUUAUAUGUCAGGGAAUUCAGUUAUGAAAAUUAUAUGAUGUUCACGGAAUUGAUAUCUUUGUUGUCGUCCUGUCUGAAGAACUGUAAAUGUCCCACUCUUUUUUAAUCUCCCUCCCCAUGAUCCUUUUCUCACUGUUGUACAUGAACACAAGAACCUAUGGGAAGGCCGUUUUGUCCCACGAUAGUGUUUUGUGUUGACUAUUUAUUUACCCAUUUGCUUUGUUAGUUUGUCUGCUUGCUUGUUCAGAGGAAAGGAGGGGGUUUUUGUUGGUCUGUUGUUUUUUAUUUAUUUAUUUUUCUUCAGUUUUGUCAGAAAUUUAGGUUCCAGGGGUCCAACAGUACACGGCCUGUGUUACACACCAGUUCAGCCAAGUAAAAUCAGGGACUUGUGGCUCUUUUGGUCAUACAGACUGCUAUUGUAUUGUGUAUAUACUGGACCGGAGCCACGUUGUGAAACGGCAUCGUUUCGGCUCUCGCCUUCGUUCCCCACUGAGAUAAACUGAGGUACAAUUUGCCCCCCCCCCCGACCCACACCAGACCCGUCAUCUCUACCUUCGUCAGUGUUGCUUUGAAAUUGAGUCUUGUACAUAAAACACAGUUUUGUAUGAAGAGCUAUUUUCUUCAGAAUAAAUCAGGGGACGCAUCAAGGUGGAAAGUCCCACUUUCAAAAUUGAAAUAACAUCACAAAUUGUUUUUGUUUUGUUUUUCUUAAGAUGGACAAAUACGUUUUUUCCCCCCCCCUUAUGUUUUUGAUACUACUAAUUUUAAGAAUUUUUAGUCUUUUUUUUUUUAAAAAAAAAGAGAAAAAACGUAUUUUGAUGUUGUCAUUUGUCCCAUUUACUUUUUUUUUUUAUAUCAUUAUUUUAUAUUUUGUUCGACCCUCUGAAAAGUCAUUGCAUGCUUGCUAAAAGGGAAAAAUUGAUGGAAAAAUUUAUGAAAAAUGUUUAAAAAACAAAAAAAAAAGACGUUGAAGAUAUCCCAAACAUUUCUUUAAGUUGCUUGUUACAGCAAUUGCUUGUGUUCAAAGGUACAUUUUCUAUGAAAAAGCAAAAACUAAAAAGAUCAUUCUAACACCUUGUGCAAUAAAGCUAUCUUUCAUAU